AUGGAUGCCCAACCCUGGCCCGGCUAUGCCUGGCACGUCCUGGAGCACUUCGCGGCGCUGGCGCGGCUUCAGCUGCUGCGCCUGCUCCAGCGCUGGGACCUGCCGCAACGGGCGCAUGUGCAGCUGCUGCAGCAUAUCGGGGUCGUUGGUGUCAUUGUCCUCAGCGGUUGGGCGGGCUAUGUCUCGGUUCGAGCCAUUUGGGAGCUGACCGAGUUGAUUAUUUACAUUACGGUGAGGUGCGUGGUGAACUUGCGAUACUUGAUCCAGCCAGCCAUGCCAUGGCUUUUAGUUGCGGCGGCUUCCAUGUACUUGCGUUGUUUGCUUGAUAGCGCGGCCCUGCGCCAGGAGUGGCUGGAGUUCCUUCAACAGUGGGGGUGGUCCAGGCAACUCCUUUCCGCCUUCGGCCUGCGUGUCGCGCGAGGGCAAGCAGUAGACUGUCCUAUUUGUACCGAAACAUUUGAAGACAAUCCAUGGACAAUGGCAACUCUAUCUUGUUGCAAGCAAAGUGUUUGUUGGGCGUGCCUAUGCCGUCAUGCAGAAAGCGUUAUUGAUGAUGCGCGGCCGGACAUGAAUUGUCCCCUCUUUUGCAAAGUGUUGAUUCCUGACGUGAUGGUGUAUAAGUCCUUCCGUCGACAUCAAUGGUCUUGGCGUGGCCUGGAUUUGCUGGGACAGAAGACUAGGCGAAAGUGCAGGGCUUACGAACGUUGGUGUCUCUCGAGCGGAUUGGCCAACACCUGCGCAGCGCGGAUGGAAGACGUGUCUUCGCAGACCGAUGGUAUACCGACGGUGGUGCAUUGUCCGGGAAGCGACUGCGAUCACAUGUGGCUGCUGCCAAAGCAGCUGCGUCGUUCAAAGGCCUCACAGGAGCCUGGGAGUUGCUGGGAUCCACGAUCAUGGAGCUUUGGACGACACAUGGGUUUCUAUGUGGCACCCUCUGAGGGCGGUGAAGAUUUGCGAUGCGUUCAUUGUCCAAGUUGCGAAGUGGCUUAUUGCCUUUUAUGCAGUCAGCCAUGGGAAGUAUCAGGCCACCAUCAUGCUGGCAAGUCCUGUUUAGAAUUCGAUGCCACAUUGCCUUCGACCCUGAGAAGUAAAGAGAGACAUUGGGCAGGAGCCAAGGAAUGCCCUGGCUGUGGAGUACGGACCUUGCGCUCAAUGGGUUGCAAUCACAUGACCUGUACACAGUGCGCCAUGCACUGGUGUUGGGUAUGCGGCCGCCCAUGGCAACCUUGGCAUUAUGGCUGUACAGCAAAUUCCCAAGGCUCAGCAGACUGCUCCCUGAUGUGA